AAGGAAUGGCCUAUGCUCGUCGGAGAAAACGAUGCAAUUGUCAGUGACAACACUGACCACUGCGUCCUUCCCACCGAAUUCGUGGGCGAGGUUCUGCGGAUAAUCCAUACAGCUAGCUACCAAUGGAUCAAUCGUAGCCACUUUGCAGCGCAAGCGCGCAGCAGGCAAGCGAAGUCUGGCGGGACACACAACACCGACAGUGCGAAAGGUACCACACCACAGCACACGCCGCCAACACCUCAGUCCACAGUGCCAAAGAUGGCGUCAUCGAAGCCUAAAUCGGUGGCGUUGGCAGCCGACGACUUUCCGUCGUUGGGCACACUGCCUGGUGGUAGAUCUCCGAUUGGUGCAAAGCAGACCGCAUGGAGCGCAAGGGCAGCCACGCGGAGUGGACCAGCAACCGCUUCAUCGAUGAAGAAGCGCAUAGUGCCCACAACUGUCAGCCUAGCCGUUGCUGGCGGCAGUGACUCAACCAACGCACCCGAUGGAGGCAGACUGCGUGGAAACCUCACAGGACUGUCCGAUAGUCCUCAAACGACAGUCGAGGUGCAAGCGAAUCUCGGUACCGGUGUGGACACUUCCAAUAUCAGUGCAAGCCCAACUGUGUCUAGUUGGGGAUUUAAAAAAGAUGGCGAUUCAGUUUGGAGCAAGGUGCGUGGGCAGAGUGGCAGUGAGGGUAGUCCUCGGAACAGGCCAGCCACCAAACGGAUUGCCGAGCUCACGAAGGCGCCAUCACAUAAAACGACACCACAGAACACCAUGCCAAAUAAGCAAGCGCAGGUGCCACCAAUGGAACAGACGCGUGACAACACGGAGCCAGCAUGUGAGAAGUCAUGUGUUGCGCCUGUGAAGGCCCAUGGAAUGACUAGAAAAGCAAUGCCGACUCACAUGAAGGCGGCAUCCAAGACUGUGGGGGGCGGUGCGUGGGCAAAUGUGGGUGCACCUGGGCCCAAGAAACGGGUGCAGCCACAACUGGUGCACACCACCCCACCAGCCCCCAAGGAGCCACACGAGCGACAAACACACCAAGACACGAGGCAGGAAGCGGUCAAGGAACUCAACCAAACAACACAGGACGGCACAAAGCAGCAAGCACUGCCAACACAUGACAGGCAACCAGUAGGGUCGGCGGCACCAGGUGUGCGGGUGUUGGCGAUAGCACUUGCUUGA